AUGGCGAACCCACAAGAAGUUGACCCGCCUGACUGGAGGGGACCAGAUGAUCCAGACUGCCCAUACAACUGGCCAUUGUGGAAGCGCAUCUACAGCACCAGCAUUCCGGCCUUUCUUUGCGUUAACGUGUCAUUCGCCUCUUCCGUCUACACCUCUGGCGCCAACGAUGUAUCGGAAAAAUUUGGAGUCUCACAUACUGCGUCUCUCCUCGGCCUUUCCCUCUUUCUCUGGGCUCUGGGCCUCGGUGCCAUCAUCGCCGCACCCGUGAGUGAAUACUAUGGCCGCAGGAUCGUCUACCUCAGCACUGUUCCAGUCUUUGGACUUUUUAUCCUGGGCUCAGGACUAGCACAGAACUUUACGACACUGAUUGUCUGCCGCUUCUUCGCCGGCUUCUUUGGGAGCGCCGUCGUUUCCGUCGGUGGCGGGACCAACGCUGAUCUAUGGCCACCUGCGCUGGCGGGUUUCGUCUAUCCUUUCUACUUCGUGUCUCCGUUCCUCGGACCGGCUUUUGGACCUGUCAUUGGGGGCUUUCUGGCUGAGGAGAAGGAUUUCCGGUGGCUUGAAUGGGUCGUCCUCUUCAUGGUAGCCUUCAACUACAUCUAUGCCCUUCCACAAUUCGAAACAUACAAGAAGACUAUCCUCCAGAGACGUAUGCGUGCUGAGAAGCAGUUUGAUGCGCCUCAAGCACAUUCGCCCAAGGUUGCCCUCCCCUCGAGUGCGAUCAUCCAACGUAUCGUCCUCAAACCUUUCAAAAUGCUCUUUGUCGAGUCAAUCGUGCUCUUCAUGACCAUUUAUAUGGCAUUCAACUUCGCUGUAUUUUACAGCUUUUUUGCAGCCUUUCCGUACGUUUUCGGGGGCCAUUACGGCUUCACCCCAGGCCAGCAGGGUCUCACUUUCAUCUCUAUCGCGCUGGGCUGCGUCAUCGGCUUUGUAGCUGUGGUCUACAUUGACCGCAAGACCUACCCAGCGCUGGAGGCAAAAUAUGGAGUUGGUGCGGUGCCCCCGGAGUAUCGCCUCUAUGGCGCCAUGGUUGGCUGCGCACUCAAUCCGGCCAGCCUGUUCUGGUUCGGAUGGACAGCCGACAAGGGUGUCUACUGGCUUAGUCCAGUCAUUGCGUCUGUGCCGUUUGCCGUGGGCAACAUUAUGGUUUAUAGCAGCGGCGCGCUGUACAUUAUGAACUCCUAUGGUUCGUUGCAUGGCGCGAGCGCUCUCAGUGCCAACAGCCUUCUGAGAUAUGCGGGUGGAGGUGCGUUCCCGCUGUUCACGGUGCAAAUGUUCUCCUCCAUGGGGAUCGGGUGGGCAAGCAGUCUGCUAGGCUUUGUCUCGGUAGUUCUGGUGCCAGUACCAUGGUACGGGAGCAGAAUCAGGGCUCAUAGUCAGUAUAUCACGAUUAAAGAGCCGGCAUCUGGGAACCAGACUUCGUUAGAGGAGAUGCCGAGGGAGGAUACUGAGAGUUGA